CGGCCCCAGCCCGGCCCCCCGGACUCCUGGCAGAUGAUGGCCAUACGGGAGCUGAAAGUGUGUCUUCUCGGGGAUACUGGGGUUGGGAAAUCAAGCAUAGUUUGCCGAUUCGUCCAGGAUCACUUUGACCAUAACAUCAGCCCUACGAUUGGGGCUUCUUUUAUGACCAAAACAGUGACCUGUGGGAAUGAGCUUCAUAAAUUCCUCAUCUGGGAUACAGCUGGUCAGGAGCGGUUUCACUCGUUGGCACCCAUGUACUACCGAGGAUCAGCCGCAGCUGUUAUAGUCUAUGAUAUCACCAAGCAGGAUUCAUUUCAUACUUUGAAGAAAUGGGUCAAGGAAUUGAAAGAACACGGUCCAGAAAAUAUUGUAAUGGCUAUUGCUGGAAACAAGUGUGAUCUCUCAGAUAUAAGGGAGGUUCCCAUGAAGGACGCUAGGGAAUAUGCCGAAUCCAUAGGGGCCAUUGUGGUGGAGACCAGCGCAAAGAAUGCUAUAAACAUUGAGGAACUCUUCCAAGGAAUCAGUCGCCAGAUCCCACCCUUGGAUCCGCAUGAAAAUGGCAACAACGGAACAAUCCGCCUGGGAACGACAACGGUGCAGACCAGUCGCCGGUGCUGCUGACUCCACCCAACCCGACCAGAUGCCCUUGAAGAACCGACAUAACCAUUCAACCCCUGUGCUGAUCGAGGGGCUUCCCCCUCCCCGGGACUCAGUAACCUGCUUUGGGAAGGCUCUGAUCCCCAGCCCGGCCCCAGGAGAAACAUGCAGGCAAGAAGAGCAGAAGCCAUCCCUGGAUGGGAUUUCGUGUAAACUCUCCAUCAUCCUGCCAGAUUACUGAAUUAGACUAUACCAAGUUCCCGUCUUAAAAAAACAAAAC